AUGAUUGACAUCACUGCAGUGCCCACUCGUGCUGUGACGUGCCCCUUCCCUCUUGUGGCGCUGGACGCAGCGGUGCCCCACGACCCCCUGACGUCGCCGUUGCUGUUGCUUAUAGUUGGUCGGGAGAAGGCGUGCGUUGCGGCGCUGCAGGAUCGCAAGGUCUGGCUUCGCAAAUUUGUGUUGCAGUCCCAUCGCACACUGACGACAGGUGCAUGUUGUGCCGUGGACACGAACGACGGACAUCUCUUUGCGUUGGGCGACGCCUUUGCCACCCUGACGCUGCACCGCAUUCCUCCAGUGUCAAAUCGUGUGGCGCCGGCCGAUCAUGAGAGCGGUACUAUUUUUGUCGGCAACGCCUGGGAUACGACGCCUCGGAUUGAGCAAGUUGUUCCCGUGCGGGGCAGCAGUGGGGUGGACUUUGUGUGUACGCGCCAAGGUGAAACGAAUGUCGCGUGGGCAAUAUCGUGUGAGCGUGAGGAGGCACGCACUAUCAGUGUUGACGUCACGUUGGAACGGUUAUUUGUGCAACAGCAGGCUGCUCCGGGCUGCCUCGUGGGGGCCACGCCGCGCGGUGUGUCCCUCAUCUCUCCCGCCUCGGGGGAUACAUUGAUGGAGCUCCAGCUGCCGAGCGGGACGCGGCGUGUUGCGGCCGUGCAGUCGGGCGUUGCCGGGAGUAACUAUUACGCCGUGGUAACGGUUUGCGGUAUAGCUCUUAUGUAUGAUCAACGCCGUGCUGAGAAACCAUUUUGGUCAGAGCCGCUCUGGGACUCGCGCGGUGUCAAGGAGGCUGGUGGGGCUGGGGCGCUUAUGGCGUAUUGCUGCGAGGGCGUGUGGGCUGUUCGCGCCGCUGAAAAGCUCCACUGUCUACGCUGCACUGACGGCUCUGUUGUGUGCCGCUCUUUUCCACUUUCUGGGGGUUUGCAUUCGUCGCAGUUCACCACUGCAGGUCUGCACUUCACAAAUGACGUUCUUCACUUUGUGGGGAGUAAGAACCUUUAA